AUGAAACGCGAACUCAAGCGCUGUGCAGCACACCGCAGCACACCGCAGCACACCGCAGCACACCGCAGCGAUGGGGAGGAUGAGGACAAAGGACGAAGAACUAGCUCUUCAAUGAAGCGUCGCGUCGCAUCCUUGCCUUCCGGUGAUCGACAACGCAGCCGCAAGGAGCACGCUGCACACCACGAGGAUGAUGACAGUGAUGACAACGAGGACACCAGUCGCCACCUCUCCAUCACCAUCACCAUCACCAUCACGGCGCUCGACAGCUGCAGCAGCGCCACCGUUGUCACACUCAUCGUCGACACCGUCAACACAGCGAGAUGUAACUUCGGGUCAACACUCAGAGCAGACGCCAAAGCAGACGCCGCUUGUUUCUUAUCCGCUCGGCUUUAUGAUGACGUCGGGUGGCAGGGUGCGCCCCGCAUCAGCACGGCGGCCGGUGUUGAUUGCACGACCUCGACCAGUGCAGCGCCACGCACAGCACGUUGA